CUUUGAGAUUCUCGUCAAAAUCCCAUCGGUUUCACCAUUUUCUUCCUCAAGUUCCGUUUUCAGUUUUCGAUCUGAGAUCUUCAGUUUGGUCGGAAAUGGGGAAAGGCGGAGCCAUCUCCGAGAAUGUUCUGAAGAAAGUCCUCCUCUCGUACUCAUACGUCGCGAUAUGGAUCUUCCUCAGCUUCUCUGUCAUCGUCUACAACAAGUUCAUUCUGGAUCAAAAGAUGUACAAUUGGCCCUUUCCGAUCUCUCUCACCAUGAUCCAUAUGGCCUUUUGUUCCUCCAUCGCGUAUCUUCUCGUCAGCGUCUUUAAAGUUGUGGAGCCUGUGUCGAUGUCCCGCGAGCUCUACUUCAAAUCCGUGGUUCCGAUCGGAGCUCUGUAUUCGCUUUCCCUCUGGUUUUCUAAUUCAGCGUAUAUCUAUCUAUCGGUUUCUUUUAUACAGAUGCUCAAGGCUCUGAUGCCUGUCGCUGUGUACUCGAUCGGAGUUACGCUUAAGAAGGACAAGUUUAAGUCUGAUACUAUGGCUAAUAUGGUUUCGAUCUCGCUUGGUGUUGCGGUCGCUGCGUAUGGAGAGGCGAAAUUUAAUUCCAAGGGUGUGACUUUGCAGCUGUUGGCGGUCGCGUUCGAGGCGACUCGAUUGGUGAUGAUCCAGAUUUUGUUGAAUUCCAAGGGUAUUUCGCUGAAUCCCAUCACGUCGCUUUACUACGUGGCUCCGUGUUGCUUGGUUUUCUUAUCUGUCCCUUGGUUAAUAAUGGAGUACCCUUUGUUGAGGGAUAAUUCGAGCUUCCAUUUGGAUUUCGUGAUUUUUGGUACCAAUUCAUUAUGUGCUUUUGCUUUGAAUCUUGCGGUGUUUUUACUGGUCGGCAAGACAUCUGCUUUGACUAUGAAUGUUGCUGGAGUAGUGAAGGAUUGGUUAUUGAUCGCAUUCUCCUGGUCUGUGAUUAAGGAUACGGUGACAGCCAUUAAUUUGUUCGGUUAUGGGCUCGCCUUCUUAGGAGUUGCGUAUUACAACCAUUCGAAGUUGCAGGCACUCAAAGCCGCUGAGGGUCAGAAAAAGGCUCAGCAAGCAGACGAGGAAGCUGGUAGGUUGUUGGAGGAAAGAGAAGGGAAUGAAAGGAAGAUUGAUAGUCAAAAGUAGGCGACUGACAGGCUUGAGCCUUUACGAGGAGUUGUGCAGAAGAGAACAUUUCGAUGGUGUUGAAAAGUAGCUGCGAAAAUCGAAUUCAUAUCUCAACUAAGUUUUGGAGUUUUGGGUUAGAUUAACUAUUCUGAAAAACCUUUAGAGAUGACAAAAUUUCUGACAACAACCGGGAAUCUCGGUUAGACUGGGAACAUGGGCAGAAAUAGAUAUGUAGCAGAUUCUUGGUAUCUGAGAACGGGGGAAGGUUCUAUGAGAUGAGAACUACUGUAAGUUUAUCUUUCAAGACAGGUGGAAGCAUUGUUGAAGGCCAUGUGAGUAUCAGUUGAUCAUGUUAUUUUAAGUCAGGCACAUAAUGAUUGCUUUUGAAUUGUUUCCAAACAUUACAUGUUAGUGGGAUUAGGAGUCCCCUCCCAAACAAAUUAUUUGCUCAAUUCUUUUAUAGACAAUAUCUGUGUAUUCAUUUCUCCUCUUUUGAACCAUAUAAUUUUUCAGAACAUUUGAAGUGAAGGUUAAGAUAUUA